AUGCCCAUGCCGAACGGUCCAGGACAAACACGGCCGCUCGUGGCUCUACUAGAUGGUCGAGAUUGUUCGACAGAAAUGCCUAUAUUAAAAGAUAUAGCUACAGUUGCAUUUUGCGAUGCCCAAUCAACAGCUGAAAUACAUGAAAAGGUGCUGAAUGAAGCAACAGCUGCACUUGUUUGGCAUGCAAUCACGUUGAAAAAAGAAGAUUUAGCUAAAUUUAAAGCACUAAAAUUAAUUGUAAGAAUUGGAAGUGCAUUUGAUAAUAUCGAUAUUAAAGCAGCGGGUGAACAGGGAAUAGCUGUUUGUAAUGUACCAAGUUAUUGUGUGGAAGAAGUAGCUGAUACGACACUUAGUAUGAUAUUAAAUUUGUACAGACGUACAAUAUUUUUAGCAAAUCAAGUUAAAGAUGGCAAACGUAUAUCAACGCCAGAACAAAUACGUGAAUCAGCCACUGGUUGUGCGAGAAUAAGAAACGAAACUUUAGGUAUUAUUGGUUUAGGACAAGUUGGAAUGGCUGUUGCUAUACGAGCAAAAGUGUUUGGUUUUAAUGUGUUUUUUUUCGAUCCUUAUUUAUCAGAUGGUAUUGAUAAAGUAUUAGGUAUCAAUAGAGUAUUUACAUUACAGGAUUUGCUAUUCAGAAGUGAUUGUAUUACACUUCAUUGUUCGUUAAAUGAACACAAUCAUCACAUGAUAAAUGAUUUUACAAUUAAACAAAUGAGACCUGGUGCCUUUUUAAUUAAUGUCGCUCGGGGCGGGUUAAUUGAUGAGACAGCGCUCGCAGCAGCAUUAAAAGAUGGAAGAAUACGUGGUGCUGCAUUAGACGUACUAGAAAAUGAGCCAUACAAUAUUCAAGCUGGUAAGGAGAGUCCAUUGAAAGACGCUGUUAAUUUAAUUGUUACACCUCGAACAUCGUGGUAUAGUGAAGGGAGUGCACAAGAAAUUCGUGAAUGUGCAGCCCAUGAAGUUCGACGUGGUAUUACAGGAAAACUACCAAGCGCAUUACGUUAUUGUGUUAAUCGUGAUUAUUUAAAUGUUCCAAGAUCAGCUUAUGAUGGUUUGAAUGGUACCUCAUUGUCAUCGUUAUUUCCAUUAGCAGCCCCAUUUUUGUCGCCAUCAGCUCUUAUGGAACAACAAGCAGCGGCUGCCGCAGCAGCAGCUGGUCUUAUGUCUUCUCCAUCAGUGGUUGUUCCUGUUUCAAUUGGUGGAAAUGAAAUCAAAAAAGAUCCAUCAGCUUCUUCAACGAGUGUGACAACCGAUCCAAAUACGUCCGAUAGCAGUGGUAUUCAUUAA